CUUUAAAGUUGCCAAAAGUAGCAGUUUCUUAGUGAACAACUCUGCUGCGGGAAGCUCACGACCCCAUCCUCAUGUGGACUCGAGCCCACUCACACACAGCCAGCGGAUACGUGAUAUGCGUCAUGCGAACGAGACGCGUUGUUUGCGGAGCAACCGAAGUCGUAACCAGAGAACAAAGCCACAUCAGAAUGCUCUGCGGCUGUCGCCACUCGCAGUGCGAAUUCGCAAUCAGUUUGCAAGCGGGAACCGAUCCAUUCAGAUGGCAGCCGCAGUAGCCCAGAGGUACGGCCAGGAGGAGCUCUUCGUGAGCCGGGCCACAAUCCAGUUGCAGUUGCCCCAGGGCGGAGCCAGUGCGCCCGUCUUCGAGUGGCGCACAGAGGUGACCACGCCCACGCCCACGCCCACGCCGGCGGCCGUUCCCGUUCCCGCCCACGAGGAGAAGUGCAUUAGUGGACGCCAGAGCACAGUAGCUGCCACGCCCAAGAGCAAUUACUACACGCCCCCGCGAAUCCUGGGCACGGAGGCGAAGCGCAAGAAUCUGCCACAAACGUUGGGCAACUUCUUCGAGGCGGAGCGCUACUCCAGCGCCUGGAAUCGCGUGACCAAGUAGGCUCCUCUGCCAGCACCAAACUGAGUUCCAAUCCCGAGACCCAACCGUAGGGAGGCCCUAAUCGAUUAACCCAUUAAGUGCCAAGAGCUGCAGGAUAGUGAAAUUCCAUUCCGUUGCCAAAAAUUCCAAUUCAUGCCCCGAAAUUGCUUACACGAUGGGAGUGGGAGCAUAGAAAUGGCCGCCCAGGGCUGAACGAACUAUACUAUAUAUAUAUACAUAUAUACUUGUAUAUAUAAGCGUCCCAUGAAUAUUUAUGUGCCACCCCUGUACCCUGAUAAUGCAAUAAAAGUAUUACUUGAUAGAUAAAGCC